AUUCAUCGACACAAACAAGUGACAAGAUAAUUGUACAUUUUCAUUAUAUUAUAUUUAAUUAACGAUAGUGAUUUCAUAUUAAAAUUGGUCCCAACUAGUAGAAUCAUCUUCAAAAUUCAUAAUUAUCAUAUAUCAUCAUCAACAAUAUCAUGACUUUCAAAUUCAUAGAGAAGAACAAUAUACUACGAAGAUUACAAUCCCAAUACUUCUCCGGAGUUAUAAAUUUUGUAUCAUUUGUAUUAUCAAGACCUAGUCAUGCCAUAUUGAUUCCAUCAAUGUUAAUUUUCAUCAUUGCUUAUGGAGUAGUGUAUGAUUUUACCAUAAAACAAAUCAAUUCUCAAUUGGCUAAUCAUUUUGGAGGGUCCAAUUUACUUAAUUUAAAUCCGGAAGCAUCUAAACUUGAAACUCAAUCUUUAUUAAAUAAUUUGAAUAGUUUCAAAUACCAAAACAAUUCAACAUUAUCAUAUUUAUUAUUAUCAAGAAAUCAUGAAGGAACUAGUUAUGAUUCAAGUACAGUAUUGGAUUAUAACUUUUUCUAUAAUCUUGAAAAACUUGAAAAUAAUUUAACCAAUUCUUUCAAGAAUGACAUAACUAUAAUAUCUCCACUUUCAAAUUGUCCAAUUAAAUUUUCAGAACAAAUUGAAUCAGAUUCUCUAAUCAAUAAAAACUUUAAAAGUUAUAUUAUUCGAUAUUUAAAUUAUGAAAUGAAUAAUUUAUUAACAUUUUUAUUCGUGGAUAAUAUAAGAAAAUCAAAUCAUUUAAUAAAAUAUGCUGAAAGUAUUAAAAUAUUUAUACUACAUCUGUCUGAUAUACCUAUAGAAAAUCAUAUUAAAAAUUAUCUUAAACUUGAUGAAUUAAUUAAACUUGAUCAAGUAAUAACAAUAACUCAUAUACCUACUAUAAAGGGAUUUGUUCAAUACUUUUUAAUUCAAAAUAAUGCCGUUUAUUGGACAAAAUUGUUUGUCAUGGCAAGCAAUUGGAUAAUUUAUAUAUCAUUUGUAUUAUUUGCAUUAUUUGUUUAUUUGGCUAUAGUUAAUGAUCAUAAAAUAAGAUCCGUUGUUGGGUUAUUAUUGGGUUGGUUAACAAGUGUAUUAAUUUCCAGUAUGGCUUCCGUCAAUAUAGUAUCUACUUUACAUGGAUUUAAAUCUUGGAGGUUGAUAUUUGAACCUCUGACACCAUUCACUAAAGGUUCAUAUGUGUUUGCCGUUUUGGUAUUAUCAACUAAAAAUUUAUUUACGACUAUAAAGACUCUUUCGGAUUCUGAUGAAGAAUCUGAACAACACAAGAGAUUAUACAAAUUAUAUACGGGUGAUCAAGGAGCUCCAUUAAUAUUAAGAAAUUUAAUUCUUCAUAUUGUGGGAUUGUUGGCGGUAUAUAUAAUUGGAUCUACAAUUCUUUACAAUUAUAUUACGGGUUCAUUUUAUGAAUAUAUUGCUAAUAGAUUAACAUAUUUAAUUGAAGCUAUAGUUAUAAGUCUUAUAUUUGAAUUUCUUUUAGAAUUAUCUUAUUUGGCUGGUAUAGUAAUCAUUGAUUUAAAAAGAUUAGACUUUACCGAUAUAAUCAAUCGUCAUCAACAAAAGCAUAAUAAUGGUAGUAAUGAUGAUUUUUUACUUGAAGAAUCAGAUGAAGAAAAGGAUAAAAAGUCUACUCAACUUGAUGGAGGAAAUAUAAUCUCAUCAUUUUUAUUAAAAUCAAAAGAAGAAGCUUCACUUCGACCAAAGAGAGGAACUUUAAGAUAUAAAUUUGGACAGUUUUUCUUAAGAUUAAAUUAUUCUGAAGAUUAUACUUCUACAUUUUCAUUAACAUUAAUUGGAUUAAUUCAAUUACUAGGUAUCUUUAUGCAUUGGGUAUUAAUUAUACCGCAUAGUGUAUUAAAUAAUUCUAAAGAUUUAAUAAAAUUAGGGGCAACUGAUAUCUUAAGUAAUAAUAAUAAUUUUAUUUAUUACUUAGAAUUAUUAUCAAUCUUAUUGUUUAUUGUUGCUCUGAGUUCAAUUGCUUUCAAACUUACAUCAACUGAUUCAAAUGGUAAUGGUUCAGAUGAACAAUCUAAAUUAUCUAAAUCUGAUUUUGAAAAAGUUAAUAGAUAUUUUAAUGCAAUUGAAUUAAAGGAUGAUAUUCCGACUGGUCACACUUUAGAUGUAUUAAAAAUUGCAACAAAUUCAAAAAGUUCAUUUGUUGUAACUGUUGGUCUUGAUAAAAAGAUAUUGGUAUGGUCACCUUUAUCUUCUGGACCGAUACGACCAAUAAAUAUUGCAUCUAGAGUUGAAACUGGCGAAUAUAAAGGUAAAGAUUUCUGGCCAAUUAAUCAUGUUUCAUUAAGUGAUGAUGGAUGCUAUAUAAUUUUAAUAUGCUUUAAGUAUGGAUUGAUUAAAUGUUAUGAAAGAAAAGAAUUAAACUUUAAAUGGGAAGCUUAUUUAUCACCAGAACUACUUGAAUUAAUUGCAAAUAAAAAAUUUAAGAUUUUAGAACAUUUCUUUAGAAAAAAGACAGUUCCGGGAGUUUUAGCUAGAAAGAUGCUUCUUAAGAAGGGUCAAAAGAAGGCGAUUUCUACAAAUAGAAAUAGAAGAGAUAGUGAUGCUUCAAUAAUGUCAGUUAAUUCUCAAAUUAAUGGAAAUUUCCCACCCCCUCCAAUCUCCAUGAAAUCAUUUAGUGAACAACAACGUGAAAUGGAUCGGGCUGAACCAUCUUUAGAACAAUUAGAACGAGAAUUAAUUAAAGUUGAAUUCGUACUAGUAUUGGAAUCAGGUCAACUUGUGACAUUCACUUGUCAUGAUGGAAAUUCGAAGACAAUUAAUUUAAUCAAUUUGGUCUACGGAGAUAAAUCUGAUAAUAUUUUUAUGUUAUCAGCAAAAAAAGUUACAACUCCAAGAAUUAAUGAUCGUAUAGUUUGUCAAAUGAAUAAUUCUAAUUUUAUUGUUGCAACUGUUGUUAAUAAUAAUUGGAAAUUAAGAAAAUUAUCGGUGGUUGAAGGACUUUAUAAUCAAGCUCCAAGUGUUGUUCAACCAGUUCAACCAAUUUCUGCUUCAAAUAAUAAUAAAUUUUCAAGUCAUUCAACUGAUUUCCGUUCUAUUUAUAAUUUAAAGAAGAUUACGGAAGGAGUUACUCCUGAUACUUCCUUACCUGUUGAUCAGAAGAAGGACUUUCCUCAAUUUACAAUUAACAAAUCAACAGUAAUAACUGUUGAUUUUGUAGGAAUGAUUGUUGUUGUUCGUGAUCAAAUUGCAGAAUUAAUAGACGUUCAAAGUGGAAUUGUUCUUAAAGAUUUUAAUGUUGGAAGAUUUAAACCAAAUUCCUUUAGAGUAUCACAUCUGGAACCUACCCAUUGUAGAUUUUGUGGUUGUGCAUCAAUUCAAUCAUUUUCUAUUGCUUAUGAAGAUUAUGAUACUCCAACUUUAAUUGUUCAUACUUAUAAGAUUGAACUUAAAAGGUCUAAGAAUAAUAUAUGUUUAAGAGUUGAAAGAGAUCCAAGAGAAAUUAGAUGUUUAGGAUUUAAUGCCGUUACUGAACAUCAAUAUUGGUUUAAUGGAGUAGUUGGAUGGGAGUUAACCGAUGUUAAUAUGAUUAUAGGAUUAAAGAAAAAAGAUAAGACUGAUGACGAUACUCCGCUGGCCGAUGAAGAGGUCGUGUCAAAGAUAGAUAUUAAAAAGCAAAGUAUUGAAAGUUUAAUAGAACACAGUGGCCUUAUGAGUUUACGGUCAAGAAGUUCAAAGAUAAAGAAUGUUUAUCGUAAACAUGAUUCACCUUUAAGCCAGAAGAUCAUUACCGUUGAUGACGUUUGGGAAGGGUUCAUUAUAACUUUAAUAGAUGGAAAAUUAAUUAAUUAUCAAAUUCCAUUAUCUAAUUCUCUACGUGACACAGAAUUAGUGAUGUCAAAGAUUAAUUCAAUUGCCAAAUAUGGAUAUAAAUCAAUUAUUUUUAGUGUGGGUAGAAUUACGGAUAUUUUUUAUUUGGGAAAUGACACGUUAAUUGAAGAUGAUAUUUAUUAUUCGGGUACCAAUGCUACGAUGGGAUCAGUUUUAGAAGAAGAUGCUAAACAAAAUAUGUCUAGAACAGGAAGAAUGAGUCCAAAUCCUACAGCUAAUGCUCCACCGGCCAACAGUAGUGAGUUAUUAUUUAUUAACAAGAGAAGGAAAAUGAGAGAUAAGCAUUUAUUAUCGCAAUCUACUACCUGAAUAAAAAAAAUCAGGUCACAAAAAAUCCAACAAAUUAAAAUUAUGUAUAAGUAUAAUCAGGUACAAUUUAUUUAUAAACAAGAUGGGCUUUGAUUUCAUUGUAGUCUCCAGAAAAAUGCG